AUGCCGUCUGUACACAUCAGGGCUGCCACUCAUCUGUUCCGUCGUGCUGCUGUACCUCCUCUGUCUCGGUCUAGCCGCUGCUAUAGCUUCUCCACUAGCCAGGCACGAUUUCUCUCAUUCACUCAUCCCAGCUCAACCUUCAAACCAGCUACGUUCUUGAAGCAUAAGCACAGCAUCUUUGUCCGCAACAUGUCUUCCGCAGCAGCCAAGCGCCUAGAAGGCAAGACCAUCCUCAUCACGGGAGCCUCUUCCGGCAUAGGAAAAUCCACGGCGCUCGAGUUUGCCCGCACAAACCCCAACGGCAACCUGCGGCUCAUUGUCACGGCUCGUCGUGUUGACUCGCUGGAGGAGCUGGCGGCUCAGAUCCGCAAGGAGACCAACGAUGGCGUCAAGGUGCUGCCUGUGAAGCUGGAUGUGAGCAAGGCUGAUGAGAUUCGAGGCUUUGUGGGCAGCUUGCCUGAGGAGUGGAGGGAUAUCCAUGUCUUGGUCAACAAUGCUGGCCUCGUCAAGGGCGUCGCCAAGGCUCCUGAAAUCGCCGAGGAUGACCUCAACAUCAUGUUCGCUACCAACGUCACUGGCCUCAUCAACCUAACACAAGCCAUCCUGCCUAUCUUCCAGAAGCGACCAAACGGUGGCCAGGGUGACAUUAUCAACAUUGGAUCCAUCGCUGGCCGUGAACCAUAUCCUGGAGGAUCAAUCUACUGCGCCACCAAGGCCGCUGUCCGAAGCUUCACUGAGAGCUUGCGAAAGGAGCUCAUUGCCACUCGCAUCAGGGUCAUUGAGGUUGACCCUGGUCAGGUUGAAACAGAAUUCUCCGUUGUUCGCUUCUACGGCGACAAGGCCAAGGCUGAUGCCAUUUAUGCCGGCUGCGAUCCUCUUACGCCUGAUGACAUUGCCGAGAUUGUAGUCUUUUCCGCUACCAGAAGAGAGAAUGUCGUUCUUGCUGAGUCUUUGGUUUAUCCCAACCACCAGGUGAGUGCCUCUUUUGUAUUUCGCUCAUUUGCAUGUGAAAAUGCUAACGAGUUCAUAUUCACAGGCCUCUGCUCUCAUUAUGCACCGUAG